UGUGUAUAAAACAAACGAUAAACUCUUGUGUUCAGCAGUCUAAUUGUUUCACGUACUCUUGUGCUAUAGUAUAGUAAAGUAUUAUACAAUAUUAUCAUCAUGCGUGUUAUUUUGUGCAUUGCAAUGGUCUUGACCACUGUUGUGACUAUCUCGGGACAAAGGAGUGGGUGGCCUUGGUCACGAUAUGGAGGGAUGCGAAAUCCAAGAUGCAUCAGUUGUUCAGAGGUAAAAGAGGCUCAUCUGUGUGAAUCCUGCUGCAAAAUGAACCUGUGUCUACCCGACCCAUGUAAAAAUGGUGGUACUUGUUCACCAGUUGAUAACGGUUACAGCUGUAAUUGUCCUACAGGAUAUUUAGGAGAAAACUGUGAUGUUAACCCAUGUGAUAUCAACAACCCCUGUUUAAAUGAUGGUACGUGUUAUCUAUCAGAAGGUAACGUGAGUUGCAGCUGUCCUCCUGGAUUUGAAGGGUCCUUUUGCCAAGUGAACCUGUGUCUACCCAACCCAUGUCAAAAUGGCGGUAUAUGUUUACCAGUUGAUAACGGUUACAGCUGUAAUUGUACUACAGGAUUUUUAGGAGAAAACUGUGAUAUUAACCCCUGUGAUAUGAACAACCCCUGUUUAAAUGAUGGUACGUGUUAUCCAUCAGAAGGUAACGUGAGUUGCAGCUGUCCUCCUGGAUUUGAAGGGUCCUUUUGUCAAGUGAACCUGUGUCUACCCAACCCAUGUAAAAAUGGCGGUAAUUGUUUACCAGUUGAUAACGGUUACAGCUGCAAUUGUACUACAGGAUUUUUAGGAGAAAACUGUGAUAUUAACCCAUGUGAUAUCAACAACCCCUGUUUAAAUGAUGGUACGUGUUAUCCAUCAGAAGGUGGCGUGAGUUGCAGCUGUCCUCCUGGAUUUGAAGGGUCCUUUUGUCAAGUGAACCUGUGUCUACCCAACCCAUGUAAAAAUGGCGGUAAUUGUUUACCAGUUGAUAACGGUUACAGCUGCAAUUGUACUACAGGAUUUUUAGGAGAAAACUGUGAUAUUAACCCAUGUGAUAUCAACAACCCCUGUUUAAAUGAUGGUACGUGUUAUCCAUCAGAAGGUGGCGUGAGUUGCAGCUGUCCUCCUGGAUUUGAAGGGUCCUUUUGUCAAGGUAAGCUGGUACUAUGUCUGUACACUAUAUAA